AUGUUCACCGGUCUCGUUGAGAAGAUUGGGACGGUCUCGUCCCUCGAGCCUCUCGAUACCUCGUCAAGCGGGGGCGGGGGUACAUCAUUGACUAUCACGGACUGUGAGGAGAUCCUCACAGAUUGCCAUCUCGGCGACAGUAUAGCCGUCAAUGGAACCUGCCUUACAGUAACGGCCUUCGACAAAACCUGGUUCAAGGUCGGCGUCGCCCCCGAAACCCUCCGCCGCACAAAUCUCGGCUCCCUGCAGACCAACUCCCGCGUGAACCUCGAACGCGCCGUCCUGGGCGAAACGCGCAUGGGCGGUCAUCUCGUGCAGGGCCACGUCGACACCAUCGCUAAGAUCCUCUCCGUGACGCCGGAGGGCAAUGCGCUGGUGUUCCGUAUGCAGCCGCGCGAUAUCGGCGUGAUGCGGUAUAUCGUGGAGAAGGGAUAUGUUACGCUGGACGGGGCUAGUUUGACUGUGACGAAUGUUGUGGAUGGCCAGGAGGGAUAUUUUGAGGUGAUGCUUAUUGCGUACACGCAGGAGAAGAUUGUCACGGCGGCAAAGAAGCCCGGGGAUUAUGUGAAUGUGGAGAUUGAUAUUGUGGGCAAAUAUGUUGAGAAGAGUGUGCAGGGGUAUUUUGCUGGUACUGCGGGUGGGGAUAUGAAGAUGUUGGAGAAGAUGGCAGGAUUGUGGGUAUAUUUUGGUACUUCUAUCGGUCAUGGCCAGCCUGCUGAACGUCACGAGAGACUUCCGGUCAUGGCUCGCAGCAUUCUGAUCGAGGCUCUUAUAUAUCUCAGUCCGUCUCGUCCGUGGCCACCUACUCCCAAUGCCAACGGCAAAGGGCACAAAGAGUCACGUUCACCAUCGCAGGCUUCGUCACAGUGA